CGUCUCUCAAUCGUCCCUCCUUCUUUUCUACGUCGCUCCUCAUCUUCUGCUGCCCUCUUUUCCCCUGCUAUACUGACCCUUGGCUUGCUUCCUCCCCAUGGCUUCUCCCCGUCCCCCUCACAACUUCGCUCCGCAAGGCUAUCCCCUCCCCAACGGUGCCUCCGGCCCAGUCCCUGGAGCCGCCCCUCUACUCCCCAACAACGGACGCAUUAUCCAAAAUGGCCCAGUAAGAAUUUUGUGUAUUGCAGAUGUGCGAGGAAACCUGAAGUCUUUGAAUGAGCUCGCCAGACAAGCCCGCGCAGACCACAUUAUCCAUACCGGUGAUUUUGGUUUUUACGAUGAUACUUCGCUGGAGCGGAUUGCGGACAAGACUCUUAAGCAUGUUGCUCAAUAUUCCCCCUUGCUACCAGAAGGUGUGAAGCGCGCAAUUGCUCAGACCCCUCCUCAACAGUCGAUCAAGUCGCGGUUUACGCCAGACCAGCUACCCCUUUCAGAGCUACCCAUGCUGCUGGACAAGCGGCUGACACUCGACGUUCCCGUAUAUACCGUCUGGGGUGCGUGUGAGGAUGUUAGGGUACUGGAGAAGUUCCGUUCUGGUGAAUACAAGGUUGAUAAGCUACACAUCAUCGAUGAGGCCAACUCACGGUUGCUGGAUAUCGGCGGAGUCAAACUCCGUCUGCUUGGACUGGGAGGUGCGGUUGUAAUGCAUAAGCUAUUUGAUAAUGGCGAGGGCAAGACGACUAUUGCAGGAGGCCAGGGAACCAUGUGGACGACUCUACUGCAGAUGGGCGAGCUAAUCGACACCGCAAAUCGUGUUUACGACCCGUCGGAGACUCGUAUCUUUGUUACCCACGCCUCACCGGCCCGUGAAGGAAUGUUGAACCAGCUUUCCGUGACCCUCAAAGCCGACUUCUCGAUCUCCGCCGGACUUCACUUCAGGUACGGCUCAUCUUACAAUGAGUUCUCUGUCAAUCCCUCGCUCGACCACUACCGGGGCAAGCUAGCCGCGUCUAAGGCCUCUUUCAACGAUGUGUGGGAAACCGUGCGGGGUGAAGUCGAGUCCGCUAUAUCCCAGAACGACGCUCAGAAGACUCUAUUGGAGAAUGCCCUUGGUGUCGUUGAGAAGAUGCCAUCAGUGGCCAGUGGUGGAAACCCCUUUGGAGGACCGACCAACCCUGGUAGCGGCAGUGGCCAGGUAGACGAGAGCGCUUUCAAGAACAUGUGGAACUUCAAUUUGGCCGAUGCUGCUUUCGGAUUCUUGGUCCUUGAAAUCGAGGCUGGACGUAUUGGAACGGAAAUGCGUGCUCAGGGCUUCAACUUUUCUCACAGGACCGGCAAACCUCCAGUCUCUGGAGCUCCCCAGCCUGCCGCUCAAAUGGCCAGUGCUCCUGUCAGCGGUCCCUCCCCUGUUAAUGCUGUACGUCCCAACGUUGCCACCCCUCAAUUUGGCCAGGCUCAGGCUAUCCCUACUCGUGCGGGGCCUCCUACUCAGCAGCCCGCACAAGGCAAAGGGCCCGCCGCUCCCGCUCGUACGUCUCCUGCUCCCGUCAUCCCUAAGUCUGUGACGCCCCAGCCCUCGACGACUCCGGCUGUCUCUCAAUCCGUUGACUCCGCCGAAUCUUCAGCUACUCUUGACGCCAACGGCUCCACGCAUGGCGAGAAGCAGAGUGAAUCUCCGGCCCCUAAGCCGGAGCGCAAGCAGAGCAACGCCCUCUUCAUAUCAAAUGUCGAUAACGAGCAAGCCGCACGUGAUCUUUUCAGUGAGGAGGACAAAGCUAAGCUGCAGAAGGUGGAGAAAUGGGGCAAGUAUAACCAUGUCGCCACAUUUUCGACCGUCGAGGAAGCAAAGGCAGCUCUUGAUCGCCUUCCAAUGGAAAAUAAGAAGCCCAGCCCUCCCGGUCAACGCAAGCCCAACGUCAAGUUCUUCGAGGACCGUGGCAGCCACCGAGGGAAUGCCGGCACUUGGCAGGGCAGCAACCGAGGCGGUAGCAACACAUCACAACGCGGUGGUUACCAGAGUGGAGGGGCUAGCGACAGUGAAACCGGUCGCGGACGAGGCUUUGGCGGGCGAGGCGGCGGCCGUGGGCGCGGUGACCGCGGACGCGGUGGACGAGGAGGCCGCGGCGGGUUCAGCAAGGGCCCGUCGGAUUCGUCCGCUCCAUCAACGUCCACACCAUCCGGUGACAAGCCAGCUGCAUCUGGCGACGCCUAA